AAUGGGAAAAAAGCUGAAAGUAGGUUUAAGUUAAAUGAAAAUGUUUAGAAAUAAACAAAACUUUUUGUGGUUAGAAAUAAAAUAAAUGAAGAGUUCACUUUCAAUAUGGGUCUUAAUAAAUAAUAAAUCCUAAUCCUUUUACAAAUAAUUAAAAUAUGCUUAAAAACUAAUAAAAGCUCGGUAAACCAAUACUUCGUAUGAGUAUAAUGAAUUUUUAACAAAUUGUUAAUAUCAUGAUUUAAGGUAUUGCAAAUAGCAAGAAUUGCAUAGAAGUGGAUUAGAAGAGAAGCUGAUUUAAAAUUUUGUAAUGCAUGCAAAUUUUAAAACAACCUAGGUGUAUAUUUAAGAAAAUUAAUAGAAUGAUGUUAUUGAUUUUCAUUUAACUGAAACAAUAUUAAAUGAUCAAGAGGUAUACAAAUCAGCAGAAUUGAUUUUGAAUUUUAAAGAUGAUAAUGAUUAUAAUUGA